AUGAUAACGACGGGUUCAUUCAGGAUCAUGUCUAGGGGUCAGGGUCAGGAGUCACGUGACGUAGGUAUAAAACCACCUCCUCCAACAGUCAGACUGAAGAUGUUACAGACUAUUCUAUUGUCCGUAUUAGUAUGUUUUGUGGCCAUCCAGGCACAAAACCCACAACCGUGCAUAGCACCCUCACAGUUUCACGCACGAGCAUCACUUUAUGACCAUGAGGCGGACUUCGUCAACAGAUAUGUCUACAUCUACGACGCGGUCAACAAGCGCCGAGUGUUGUUCGAAGAGAUGGACGAAGGAAUGCCUGGGCAGAAAUUUUACGAGUACAUGGAGUUCGCAAACGAGAAUGUAAUGUACCGAAUCGACAUCAGGAGCAAAGAAUGCACAAAGUCUAUUCCGAGACCAUGGCGCCCAAUCGAAAUCCCUGGCAACGCUACAUUUGAAGGGGAGAUGACUCUAGGUGGACCAGGAGAGAGUUUUGUUGUCCAGGAAUGGUCAGACAAGAUUCCAUAUCGGAAAAAUGCCAUGUACUAUAUACAGUUUUCAUUGGUCAACUGUUAUCCAAUCAGAAUGAUCGAAGUUUCUGACAAUAAUGUAACCAGCUCCGUCACCACUUCCUGGUACGAUCUUGUCCUAGGUAUUCCGAACCCGAACGAUUUUAUUGUUCCGAAGGAGUGUCUUUCUGCAAGGUGGGAAAAGAACAUGCAAUUCACUCACAAGUAA